GGUAUUCAAAGUGUUAAAAAGUUUUUAGAUAUGAACCGUCUAGUGCGAAAUGGGCCUCCAGCCCAUGUAGAAGAACGAGUCCUCUACGCCCGGAGCAAGUUGCUGGCGGGUGUGAAACCGGCGGUCGUCGGAGGAACGCCGAUCACUGAAGAGGAGGCGAUCGAACUUCGCCUCAUCUCCUUCGGCACUGCAGCCUGCCCUCCCCGAGGGGAAUGGAUGAGGACACCUCUAACCAUGAGGUCUCCAGAACAGCCGCUGGCUUACGGUCUAGCCGCGCCACGUAAUGGAGCAAGAUCACUUCUAUCGGCUCUGCAAGCACACAUCAUCAAGUGGCUGCUGUUCGAUUCGCGGCCCCAGACGAAGGGCGCUAAGAACUCCUUGCCGCCGGAGACUUACCUCCGCCCCUCCGAGGAGCGUCAAGAGGAAUCCGUGUGGAGGGCCUGUAGCGAGGUCAUCUGGCGUUGCGCAGGUGGCUUCAACCCUCAAGCGGGCACCGAACCCAAGGCCAUCGUCACUCUGCCCAGCGAGACCAUUUACGUGCAGCACAGCUCGCAGUAUUACCAGGAUGGGAUCACUGAGAAGAAGAGCGUCGAGAUAUAUCCUUGUGCGUCGACUCUUGAGCCGGUUCGGGCGUCGACCCUCGGCGCGGUACUAGCCCACCGGGUGAGUCGACGUUGGGAGCGUCAAGAGGGAGUCGUCGUGUGGAGGGCUUGCAGCGAGGUCAUCUGGCGCUGUGCAGGCGGCUUCAACCCUCAAGCGGGCACCGAACCGAAGGCCAUCGUCACGCUGCCCAGCGAGACCGUUUAUGUGCAGCACAGCUCGCAGUAUUACCAGGAUGGGAUCACUGAGAAGGUAGCUAAUCCUGUCUUAUUCCACUCUGGAUUUAAACUUCAUACUCCGCCCUUUAGAGGAGCGUCAAGAUCUAUCUUUGUGCGUCGACUCUCGAGCCGGUUCGGGCGUCGAGUUGGUGCUCAUGGCCCGUGCUUCUCGGCUGGCUACUGCCAGUCGGUGGUUGAGACGUUGCUUUGGCGACGGACUGACCUGAGGCUUCUACCUGGCACCACUGUCCCGCCCUCGGCGCGCGAGGUCAUCUGGCGCUGUGCAGGCGGAUUCAACCCCCAAGCGGGCACCGAACCGAAGGCCAUCGUCACCCUGCCCAGCGAGACCAUUUAUGUGCAGCACAGCUCGCAGUAUUACCAGGAUGGGAUCACUGAGAAGCUGCACUUGUUCGAGCUGAAGAACUUGGAGGACCUUCAAAUAUUUAUCAAGCGGUACCUGUAUCUGUUCCAAACCGAAGAAGGAUCAGGAGCGCUGCUUCUUCUUUACUCCGUUAUUCUUUCUAGAGGCAUUGAGAACAUCAAGAAAGACCUGGACGGCAAGCUGAGCCACCUGGUGUCUGCCCAAGUAGAGGGGUCUCUGAACGUCGUCACUCUGCUGCUAACCGGCAGAGCGACCCCCUACUUGCACAAUGGAGUUUUGUACGUGGGCGAUGAGGAUCAUUACGCUCUCCCACAAUUCGGCGUACUCUCCAGAAGUCCUGUGGGAUUGUUGGUGUGGUAUGGAGGCGACGAGUCUGGGAAGGUCAAUUUGAACAAACAGUAUCCAGGUUCGAGGUUGAAGACUCCGGCUCUGCCUAUCUGGGUGACAAGCUGCUCCGGCCAUUUUGGUGUUCUAUUCAACACUAAUCGAGAACUACUGAGAAACUAUCAUGCUGAGAGGAGAUUUGAUAUCCAGUACUACACCUGCGGAGGCUGUAAUGUCCUCCUAAAUGUAGAUACCCGUGCCCAUGAUGACGUGGGAACCCUGAGGAAUGACGACAUCAGUGCCACUCCAUUGGAAAAGCUCAUCCAUACCAAGUGGCAAGACGCGAAAAUUACAUGGACGGGAGCUGCGCCGUAUGUGGGAGAACAACCGCUUCAAUAAAUAGCUCUACUUAUUUUGCAAACUGAAAAAUGAUCAACUAGUUCAAUGUAUUCCUCAGUGUCUAUGAUAGUAACGCUUUACAACAUAAUAAAUUCUUAAUCUAUG